AUCUUCAAUAAUAGGCACUAGCAUAAAAAAUAAAAUAGAAUCAGGUAAAAUACCACGAGCUAAGAACAAGGUAAAACAAAUAGCAAGCAGAGGACAGAGUUUUCUACUCGCAAAUUUUAAAUGUUCAGGAGAUAUCUUAUCCAUACCACAUGCCUUAUUAUCUUUUAAUACAUGGCUCUGUGGAAUACUUGAUUCUGAUUGGUCAGUCGCAACAUUCCGAGGUAUGUUAUGCCUCGAUAACAACCGUUAUAAGCUGAUAACACAGGCUCAUCUGGGUAACUGAAGUCGGCGAUAUACGCUUGAACAGUUUUUCUUUGUGGAAGCUUUGCAUUUGCUGCUGCCAUUUUGCGACGAUUAUGUACACUAAUGGAUUAUAAGACAACUAACAAACUGGUAAGAUUUUAAAAACAGUUUUGUCUUAAAUAUCUUAUAAGUAUUACCUUAUUUAUGUGGUGAAAUGUAAUAAGUGGUAUGACUGCACUGUAUCCCUUAAAUGUCCAUCUAGUUUGAACGUGCCGCUUACUCGCAACUGUUGUCUUCAUAGAAGCUUUGUGUUCAAAUAUUUCAACUCAAAUCAAUAUAUUGUGUCUAAUUAUUUACAUAUGUGGCAAGUAGCUGUGUAAUGAGUGGGAUCUUUUGUGUCGGGGUCCUGAUCACACUGUCGGGGGUUAUUCUGCAAUAACAACCGGCUGGAUGUAUAUUAUACCUUACUUAGAAUUAUAACUGCAUAACAAACAUCUUGUGGAGAAAAAGUCACACAUUCAUUAUUAUCAAUAUUGCACACUGCAAAUGGGUUACUUUUAACAUAGUUGAACAGCUCAUAAUAAUGUUUUUGCCAUAAUAAUUAAUGUUUGUGCCAGUCAUAAUUAAAGUUUGUUUUUAUUUUCCUCUGAACUGCUUACCCCUUCGAUAUUUGUUGGCAAAGAUGUUUUACAAUUAUUUAUUCUUUAUUUAUUAUUUAUUGUUUCCUUGUAAGUGAGUAAUCCCUCAUUGUAUUUUAAUAUUGUAAAUAAUAUUUUUAAAACUUUAGUUAAAGCCACCACCUUAAGUUAAGGCAGUGGUUCCCAAACUUUUUCCACCGGGCCCCUCUUUUGUAGAGAAUUUAUAAAAGAGAAUUUUUAUAGUGAAAUGUGUCAAAUUAAAAUAUCUUUUUGAACUUCAGUCUUCAGUGUCACAUGAUCCUUCAGAAAUUAUUCAAAUAUGCUGAUUUGCUGCUCAGUAACCAUUUCAGAUUAUUUUAAUGCUGAAAACAGUUGUACUGCUUAAUAUUUUUAAGGAAUUUUUUUUUCAUGAUUCUUUUAUGCGUCUGGAUUAGCCAAGUUGUUUUGGUGUGUAUCUUUAGUAUAUUUAUCAUCUGCUUUACAUACCUGGCACUGCAGUAUUUUCACAAACUUGUAACUUACAUGCUUAGAGCAGAACCAUGCAUCGUUGACAGUGUUGGGGAAGCUAUUCUGAAACUGUAGCUUGACCAGCUACAAGCUACUCGUAAAUUAAAGUAGUUAAGCUACAGUACAUCAAAGUUACCCUUUUGAAAAAGUAGCUAGCUACACUACAAGUUACUGUCAAAAAGCAGCUUGCUACAUUGAAAUGAAUUUACAUUUCUUUUUUUUUUUUUUUUUUUUUUUUACAAUUAACAUUACAAAUAACUAAAUAAUUAUUAAUGAAGAAUUAUAAUGAAGUUAUAAGUAAAAAUAUUUGGAGUUUAAAACAACAUACUGUAAUGCAAUCACAAUUUCAAAGAGUAGAGUGAAUUCAGGUUGAUUGGGACACUUUUCCAAGCCAUUUCAAUGAAAAAAGUGUCCCAAUCAUUUGAUUUUGUAAACUAUUCGGCACACACAAUAAUAAAAUACUUUAGUUAUAUUAGUAUAGUAUAUUAGUUAUUUUAGUUAUAUUAGUAUAUUGCUACAAACGUAACGCCAAUGUAAGAACAAAAUGUAUGAAACUUAAACUGGAUACGGAGGAGUCAUAAAAUAAGCAGGUUAAACUCACAGCUCAUGCGGUAUUUACUGACUGUAAAUGUAGACGUCAAACAUCAGCUGCGCGCAUGAACACUGUGCUAUGCGUGAAUCCCGCCACAACCAUCCUUUGCCAAAUGAUAAGCACACUACUAUAUCGCAAUUUUAUUUUCUGUUCGAUUAGUGUUCAUUACAAAACUGUGGGGGGAUAGAUUAUAUUAUGACCGUUCAUCAUUGUAAAACAGACAUUUGAUCGAGAGUGCAAUAAAGACUAUUAUUCAUCUCCUGUAUGUGCUUUAAGUCUUCGACGUAGACUGCAUUUUAAUCUUUGUUUUGCGUAAAUUACAGUUGAUUCAUGUAAAAUAUCCACUCCUGUACAUCCUUUGCGAUAUCAUCAGACGAUCUCUUGUCGGUGGAAAAACUGUAAAGCCGCGCGAUGCCUGAUAUCACAACAGAUGGCGGUAAUGAUGAAAUUUAGUUUGUGAUCUAUUCAGAAGAAGACGCUGCGUGCGCAGCUUUAAUGCAUUACAGGCUCGUGACUCAUCAGAAUGUAGCGUUUGGUUGUGCUACACCGCUACUUGCUGGAAAAGUAGUUAGCUUCAGGAAAAGCUACACUGCUAGUAGCUAGCUAGUAGCAUCACUACUUGUAGCUAGCUACUCCCCAACACUGAUCAUUCGUUUAUAUUUCUACAUGACUCAUUCUACUGAGGCCAGCAGGGGGUGCUCACCCUGUAGUCUAUUUGGGUCCUAAUGCCCCAGUAUAGUGAUCGGGACACUACACUGUCAUAAAGCACCAUCCUUCGGAUGAGACAUUAAACUGAAGUCCUGACUCUCUGUGGUCAUUAAAAAUCUCAUGGCACUUCUCAUAAAGAGUAGGGGUGUAACCCCAGUGUCCUGGCCAAAUUGCUGCCACUGGCCCUUGUCUAUCAUGGCCUCAUUAUAAUCCCCAUCCACUUGAUUGACUCUAUGACUCUCUCUCUUCUCCACCUAUAGCUGGUGUGUGGUGAGCACACUGGCGCGGUUGUCCUGUAGCUGCUGUCGCAUCAUCCAGGUGGAUGCUGCACACUGGUGGUGGUUGAGGAGAGACCCCCCCCCCCACACACAAUUGUAAACCGUGUUGGGUGUACAGCAAUACACAAUAAAGUGCUAUCUAAAUGCACCAUUCAUUCAUUGUUAGUGAACUUACUAUAAAUUGCCCUGCUCUGGUUGGAUUAUGUUUAUUUUGGAAAUUUGCUUGGAUCCGUGUUCUCUAAUUUGAGUAAUGUCAGUAGAUCACCCACAGAGCUUUCCACUCCCAUUUGUACUUUUCUGGGAUUUCAUUCUUACACUAAUUUGUCCUGUUUUAUAAAUCUGGCCUUUAAUGUGAUUGGGCACAGGGGUCAUGAUGUGCAGUAGACAUAAGCAUUUUACAAUGAGCUCUUUGAAUUGAAUUGAAUUUUUUUUUUUUUUUUUUUUUUUUUUUUACAAAGCUUUACCUUAAAAAUAAUUUAAAGGAAAGAUCUCGAGAAAGGAAAAUAGGUCAAAGCUCUAGGUAUGUCAGGGAUCCUGAAUUUCUUCUAUAUUUGUUGAAAUAUGAUAUGUAACAUAAGAUCUUCUUCUAAAUAUGAUGUCAGGACUCCGGAUUAUACUGUAUUUUAAGCAUUUUCAAAUCAACUGAUGAUUUGAGUGACAAAAAUGCUGUAUUGCAUUGAACCACAUGUGAAAGACCAUACAAGUUCUUAGAAUAACCCCUAGGGUUUAUUUGCUAGAUCCUCACAGACCAGUUGUCAUGAGCAAACAUGUUAUUUAUAAGCAGGUCAGUGGUCAUUACAGCCUCAAUAUCUUGACUGAGACCAUAUACUGUAAGAUUUGAUGACUGGUGUAAGGUAAUAGUCGAAUGGUUUUAGAAAUCUGUGUCUUUUGGGAUUUUUGUCUUUUAUGUUUGAUUUUCAUGGAUAUUUGAUGAACAUGGAUAAUAUAACAUAUUUUCCUACCUACACCCUGAUGGAACCAAGAGACUCUAAAUCAUACAGACAUAUUUAUUUCACAUGCUUUUUGGUGCUCUAUAUUAUGAUAAUUGUAGUUAACACUUGGGUCAGUGUUGUUAUUGUCUUGGAAAAAGCCCUUCAUGAACCAAUGUACAUUUUUCUGUGCAAUCUGUGUGUAAAUGAUAUUUAUGGAGCCACAGGAUUUUAUCCUAAAUUCCUACAUGAUUUAAUGCUGGAUUCAUAUGUGAUUCCUUCUUACAUGUGUGCUUUUCAAGCUUUUGUGAUCUAUGCUUCAGUCAUGUGUGACUGUACUACAAUAACUGUGAUGGCAUAUGACAGACAUGUGGCCAUAUGUCGACCUUUAGAUUAUCAUACAACACUGAACAAAUUUUCAUGCAUUGUAUUACUUUGCUUCUGUUGGAUCCUGCCCUUUGUUUUUAUGAUCAUUGUUCUUGUAUUGUCAAAUAGGCUGAAACUGUGUAAAUAUCACAUUAAUAAAUUGUACUGUGACAAUUGGUCUAUGGUAAAACUUUCAUGUGAAUCAACUGUAAUCAAUAAUAUUUAUGGGUUUUUUAUUAUUUCAUUUUAUUUUUGUCUGUGUAUUUUCAUUAUUUUGUCCUAUAUAAAGCUUAUCAUUGCAUGCAAAGCAUCGUUAGAGUGCAGAAGGAAAUUUUGGCAGACAUGUGUGCCCCAUAUGCUUACAGUGAUUAAUUAUGUUAUUGCUGUGUUUUUUGAUGCCAUGUACAGCAGAUAUGGCUCAAACAAUGUCUCAGAGAGUUUUCAAAAAUUUUUGGCACUAGAGAUGCUUAUUGUGCCACCUCUUGCCAAUCCAGUAAUCUAUGGGUUUAAACUCCAUGAAGUACGCAAAAGAAUAUUUAAAUCUUUUGUUAAUAUCAGAAAACAAUAAAGAAUACACACACUCAUUAUUGUUAUAUUUUUCUUGAAUAUACUGUACAAUAUUAAAGCAAAGGAUUUUUUUACAUAGUUUACAAUGC